CAGCUGGUAGGCCAUACAGCAAUACGUGACUCAUGCAGAAGUUGUUUUUACCAAAUGCACUCAGGAAUUUAUUUUGUCAGGAUUUAUUGGCUAAUCCGUCCCAAGCGAGUGGAAUAAAAUGACCAACUCACAGGUGUUGGAAUUAUAAGUACUUGCAUUGAAAUUGUCGGUGGUUCAAUUAUGUUGUGUCGGUACCGUUUCAAUAACAAGUACAUGCUGCUAUCACUUCUGGUUAUAAAUGUCGUGUACAUAAACUACCACGUGUUUGUAGCUCAGAAGACGAAAGGCCCUACGUUGGAGACAAUAAAAGCAAACGUUGAAAGUAUUAAAAUCGAAAAUACGAAAUGGUUGCCUGAAGCGCCUCUUAGUCGCUACCCUGGACACGGAGCUAACAAAAGCCAAACUCUGAAAGAGCGAUUAGAGAAAAGAAUUCGACAUUUGCGCGACGAAUGUAAAAUCGUUAGAAACAACAAACCGUUAAACUUCGACAAGCUGGGAGCGUUCCAGUACCCAUGGAUGUACGUAAACCACGAACACAAGGUGGUUUACUGUCAGAUUCCGAAAGUAGGAACGAGUAACUGGCUGAAAAUAUUCGCGGUGCUUGAAAGCAAGAUGAACAAAACGUCUGAUUUGGGUUCGAAUAAAAUUCACGACGUUGCAUUACCCAUGGUAUCUUACCUAAACAGGACUGCUCGCGAUUACGCUAUGAAGCAUUAUACCAAAUUCCUCGUUGCGAGAGAGCCAUUCGAUCGCGCUCUUUCCGCCUACAGGGAUAAAUUCAUUCCAAAAGAAGGCUACGGUCGUCCUAUGUUUGCCAAACUUGGCAAAGCCUUAAUCGACCGCUACCGAAACGACUCAAAAAAUCCGACAAGAUCUGAACCUUUCCCAAGCUUCCCUGAGUAUGUUAAAUACCUCACUGAUCCAAAGAACUCCGAAGUACCGACGCAUUAUUCCGAACCACGUCACUGGCAACCACAGACUGAUCUCUGUUACCCUUGCAACAUCAAUUACGAUUAUAUCCUCCGGAUUGAAAACAUCGAGGAGGAGUCGGACUUCAUCCUCAGAAAAGUCGGCGCUCCUUCCGGAGUUCGUUAUCCCGACCAGAAGACUAAAACUUCAGAGGAAAUAAAAAAAGACAUGAUGCGAGUCCACUACUCGCAAGUUCCCCCAGCGGACGUAAACGCGCUUUUCCAUUAUUACGGUCUUGAUUACCAAUUGUUUGGUUACGACCCGCCACCUCAAUUUUAGUUCAUUGCUCGCCGAGAUCUUUUGGUGCAUUAAGUGCAAUAGGCGCUGAGUUGCUUUUAGGUAUUUGUGUAUAAGGUAGCUAGCUUUAAGGUUCGUGCAAUCACUGUAUUUUUGUAAUUCCCACUUAACCAUUCGAGUUUGCUUUUUUAUCAUUUCGCUAUUGGCAGUUUAAUUUAUGUAUAGUCACAAAUUAAAGUCUAUUCGCGAUUGUGUAAUUGAAGAUGAAUGUAAUAUCUGGUCGCGUUAUAACUUCGGGGUAAGUGUUCAUAUCUAUACGACGUAAUUGAUAACCGCGAUGAUAGGUACCGAAUUUCUCUAUUAUUGCCUUAUGAUACAUAUAGUUUGCACAAUGUUUUCUUUUACUUCUGUUCCAUAUGUGUGUUAGUUAAUUUGUAACUAAUGAACAAACUUUGCUUAUUCGCAAUACAAUGUAAUUAUACAUUUCUAAAUACACGCACAUAAUUCUCAA